AUGCACUCGCCCGCCUACGCCUACCUUAUUAAAGUUGAGAGAGGUCACUCGAGGCAUUGGGGGAGAGACCGACUGCUGCUCGUCGCGGCCGACAAGGAAACCAUCGACCAGUGGUUCAAGAGAUUUUCACCGCUUGGAGACAACUCACCCGUCAAAAAGGUAAACGAUUGCUGGUAUACCUAUACCAUUCCCACCGGCGAGUCUCUCAACAAUGUGAUCAACCUCGAUGAUCCCGCUCUCUCCGGCAAGAUGACUUUUGCCCGCUUGCCUGAUGCCGACCCGUCCUUGUAUUUCACCCCGAGGGCCAAAACGGCGGUCCCCGACCCGGUCCCCAAAACGACGGACACUCCCAGUUCUCUCCAGCAAAUGUGUCUUCCUUUCCCCACGUUCACCAACAAAUAG